UGAACAGCUGGCGCCGCUUUCUCUUCUCCAGUUAACUAAUAUGUUCUGAAGAAUGCCUAGCUUCACUGCUGUUUUCGUUGUUGUUAUGAAUUAACCGAACACAUUGAGUUUGGAGAGUUCUUGUUACUACGGUAUGUUUUGUAUCAGCCCUCCGCGUGUUGUUUGAGAACAGCUGGAGCCCCAGCGUAUACGUGGUGCUGAAAGCCUCACGAGCCGCCAGGACCUCCUGACAGACAUGAGGAAUAAGAGGCUCUAUGUGGCGGGCUUUCUGCUCGCCUGGAAACUAGGAUUGUUUCUCGGUGUUGGUCAGUGCAAGGAGGUGGACAGCACUGCGAGGACACGCCCGGUCCCAAUGUCUCCCUCUGACUUCCUGGACAAACUGAUGGGCAGAACAUCUGGAUAUGAUGCCAGGAUAAGACCAAACUUUAAAGGUCCGCCAGUCAACGUUUCCUGUAACAUUUUCAUAAACAGCUUUGGCUCCAUUGCUGAAACCACAAUGGACUACCGUGUGAACAUCUUCCUCAGGCAGCAGUGGAAUGACCCCCGGCUCGCUUACUCUGAGUACCCCGAUGACUCUCUGGACCUGGACCCCUCUAUGUUAGACUCCAUAUGGAAACCAGACCUGUUCUUUGCCAAUGAGAAGGGGGCCCACUUCCACGAAGUCACUACAGACAACAAACUGCUCCGGAUAUUUAAGAAUGGGAAUGUUUUGUAUUCUAUAAGACUCACUUUAACUCUGUCCUGCCCAAUGGAUCUGAAGAACUUCCCUAUGGAUGUUCAGACCUGCAUCAUGCAGCUGGAGAGCUUCGGCUACACCAUGAACGACUUGAUCUUUGAGUGGCAGGAGAAUGGACCGGUCCAGGUGGCUGAAGGCCUGACACUGCCACAGUUCCUGCUCAAAGAUGAAUCAGACCUCCGAUACUGCACCAAGCACUACAACACAGGUAAAUUUACUUGUAUUGAAGUGCGGUUCCACCUGGAGCGUCAAAUGGGCUACUACCUGAUCCAGAUGUACAUCCCCUCCCUGCUGAUUGUCAUCCUGUCCUGGGUGUCCUUCUGGAUCAACAUGGAUGCUGCCCCAGCCCGGGUGGCUCUGGGCAUCACCACGGUGCUGACCAUGACCACACAGAGCUCCGGCUCCAGGACCUCACUGCCUAAGGUCUCAUAUGUGAAGGCUAUAGACAUCUGGAUGGCAGUGUGUCUCCUGUUUGUCUUCUCUGCACUGUUGGAGUACGCGGCCGUCAACUUUGUGUCAAGACAGCAUAAAGAGCUGCUGCGCUUCAGACGGCCUCACAAGACAAACAAGAGCAAGAGCAGUGCAGUUGAUCCUGAGGAGCUAGCUGACUCCCUGCACCAUGUUAAUGCUGACAACGGCCUCAAAGCUACCAACCCCCCCUAUGGAUCUAUGAGCAACAUCUACACCAGCAACCACAGGGAAGGGGAAGUGAAUGAGAGCAGACUGACCUCCACUCCAAGCAACAGCAAGGGCGUGAAGUCCAGCACCAACAACACUGUGACUGCAUUGAACACCCCCGCAGCCACGGCAAACCCUACCCAGAAUCCACCUGGAGCCGCAGCAGGUGGAGGGAGCAGAAGCAUUGAAGAGAUGAGGAAGUUAUUCAUCGACAGAGCCAAGAAGAUUGACACGGUGUCGAGGGCCGGCUUCCCUCUGGCCUUCCUCUUCUUCAACAUAUUCUACUGGGUCCUUUAUAAGAUCCUGCGGCGCGAAGAUGUACAUAAGAGAUAAGGAAAGGGCAGAGAUUAUAAAUAAACAGUAUGUGUGCUCACACACACACUCACACACACAUCCUUGUACCUCUAUGCAUAUGAGGACACAUUGUUAACUACCUUUUAUUCCCUGUUCCUUAACCCUGACCUUGACAACCAUUCAGUACGACUUCUGAACGUCCUUAUUGUGAGGCAGUAAAACGUAUACCAGCUGUCCAGUGUGCUCAAACUGACUGAGAGAAAACCUGAUCCCCCCUGUCUGAAUAUCAGAAUCAGAAUACCUUUAAUAGUCCCACAGAGGGAAAAUUUGCAUUAUUACAGCAGAAAGAGCCAAAGACAGCUUAAUGUUACACCAAGGUACUAAAAAAAAAGAGCCAGUUUAAAUUCACAAGUUCAAUCUAUCGCCCAACCUAACUCACUCACAAUCCUCUCCAAUCAUGUCCACAUCAGCAAACUGCAGAGGAACGGAAGAAUUGAAAAUAAGCAAGAGGCGAAGAAUUCAUGCACUGAUGAAUGAGUGAUGAGGUGGCAAAAAAACUAACUAGAAAUCAUGUGACAGUGGGGUACAAACAGAGAGCCUUAAACCAGCAUUAUGGGACAUGGUAUAGCUGGUCCUUUUUAAAACAGAUCCUCAUCCUUCAGCACCUGUCUUCAGGUUCCAGCAGGUGGGAUUCUUCCUGAGCACCCAGUGUUUGCCGCUCUUUGCCAUGCCUCUUGUUUAUGGAAUGGUAAAACGUGUGUAUUUAUAGAAAUAGUAAGGACAUGUAGUGCAGCUGUGUGACUGGAGGAAAGGAUGCGUGUGGCCACUUGGAAAACAGUGGAGAACUGAUAAAUAUCAUUCAAAUGUUACUUUCAAUACAAAGUGUACAUUUGCAUUCAGUGGCAUUCUCCACACAUUUCUGAGUCAGUUCUCACAGGGUCCUGUAUCAGAUUUCAUGUGUGUGUUGGCUUGCACACUUGCAGCAUUUCACACAGUGGCUUAUGCUUUCAGAGGUGUGAAGUGUGAUCAGAAGCUACACACACCAGGUAAUAAAACUGGUCUCUACUAAGCCUUAAGACAAAUCAUCAAAAAGACAACGUGACCAGCCUAUACAUAUACAUGGAACUAUCGGCAGCUUCACGUAGAAGAACGUAAAAGAAUCAAAGAAUACAAAGUGUUUUUAUUCAGGAGUUGUUUGGAUGAAAGUUUCCUUUAGCUUUCUGAUGCUGAUCAACAGGCAGUGUUUUUACUCUACACCAAAACCUCACUUCCCGUUUAAGAGUACAACUAAGUGUUUGACCUGAAGAUGCUUCCUGAACUCAUGUUAGUGUAUAUGUUUUUAUCAAAUGUCCACUUCUUUAUUCUGACGUUAUUACUGAUACCUCAAACACUGUGCCAGAGACCAAAACCCCCUGAGAGAGGACAUGACUCCUGUGCUCCUUCACACAGCAAACCCAAGCUCCAGAUAUGGAAGAUCACAAGCAUGACAAUCACAAGGAUCAGCUGUGAAAACGAGUGCAGAUAGAGAAGACUCCUCCAAGAAAUGUGAGCAUAAGGAACAGCAAGAGCGCACACACACACACACACACACGAGUUACACACUUUUUUGUCCACUUGUGUCUUACAGCUCAGCGGCCCCUCACGUUCAGCCUCACCUGAAUCUCUCAGCAGCCUCACACACAGCUGCAACCAUCAGAGCCACACUGCACAUGUAUUCAUGCUAUCAGACGGGGGAGUGCUGACUGCUGCUGCCACUCCUGUGUUUCCAGUUCUCACUCGUAUCACACACAGCUUCUUCAAAGCCCUUCAGAGUUUCCAACCUGUUCAGAGUCCCUGAGAGAGACAGGCUAAAGAAUGUGACUCUAAAGAUGUGUUCAUUAAACUGACCUCAUUUAACACGAAGAAUAUUCCAUGUGCCAGCGUAGAAACCUGUGUAAAGGGCAGUGCAGGAAAUGUUAGCAUGAGGAAGGACAUGUGAGUUUGGGGUGCAAAGUGUCCCACAAAAGUCAAUAUGGGUCUGCUAUUGGUGGGAUUGAAAAUAACUUGUAUACAAUCUCUCUGCUGUUAUACAAUCUGAUCGAGUCUGUUGCCAAACUAUUGUUGCUUUUUGAAAUGUUGACCUCAGAGUACACACUCUUUCUUGGAAUUUCAUUGUGUUUCUAGGAAACAACUUGGCUCUGACUUUAAUUCCUGUCAGCUGUUAACAUCAGCCCAUACUGCAACUCCAACGGCUGGUGUUGGAGAGUGGAGGCUCUGCUCAGCGCUCUGGGCUUCUGGAUUCUAAUGAGGAAGCCAUGAGUGCUUUACAUCGAUUCCACACACAUUAGUGAGCCCAUUUCCUACAAACCAUCACCUUUCCUGCCAGCUCUCUCUAGCACACUGUAGAACUGUAGCUGUUCAGGGACUGCAGAGUGUGGUACUUGCUGGAGAUCGUGAUGAUGAGACGGUGAAGGUCAGCUUUUCUUGUAGAGACAGUUGAUGUUCUUUAGGGAAAUCCAUGGAGCAUGUUCACUGCCUCCAUUCAGCGAUGUGCAGGCUGUAGUGAAGCAUUCAAAACGUGUCGGCUAAGAUAUGCCACACAGUCCUGUAUGCAUCAUUGAAACUCCUCCUGCGUGACAGAAGUAAUUACAGUCACGCAUUGGGUUCCUUUUGCAUAGUGUGCAUGAUCCAGGUCUGCAUGUCCCUGAAGCCCUCACAGACCUGAGGGCUGUUGAACAGAGGGCUGGACCUGCAGAUCAGGGAGCAGAGGUUCCUCUGGGACUGAACUCAGAACUCUAAAGGAGUAUUCUGGUGUUUUUGCAUGAUUUAACUUAUUUACUAUUUCACAUGCACUCAUCAUUACUGAUGUUUUCAAAACCGAACUAGGGUGUUAUAUUGUUUAUGUCCUGCUCCAUCUUCCUGAAAGUCAGUCAUCAUGCAAUAUUAACAUUUCAAAGAACAAAAGCAGGCAUAAUGUUCACUGUCUAGAGAGUUAGUGUCAUUUAACACGAUGAAGCAGCAUAUAUUGCUACAGCAUCUUUUAAAGUGGUUAUCAUUUUUGUAAAGCACACCUGGAUUCUCCCAAAAGGACUGACAGACAACAUGUUAGAGAUAAAUGAUUGACUGUUCCCAGGCAAGCAGAGCUUCCCACACAAACAUUUGCAUCAUUUCAAUGAAAACAACUUCUUGCUGUUUUCCUUCAUUGAGACAUUUCUGUAUAAAUAAUUUGUAUAGUUUUAAAUAGAUACAAAUCAGUUUGUGCCUGGCAGGAGAACACGCUCUGGUGGUGGCAGCUCGUGCCUCGUGAACCUGUAGAUAGUUCUAAUAAAGCAGAAGAAGAGAAACCAUGUUUCCCAGGGGCCUCGCGGACUCUGAUGUCACACACACAUCCUCUCUAACAGGCUCUGAUGCUUCCUGCAGACCUGUCAAUCACUGACCGCACUCUGACACAGGAAACAAAGUCACUGAACAUGUAUGCUGUAAUUCAAAGAUUACUAGUUUUCUAUAAAAAGAAACAUUUUGAAUUAUAUUUAAUAUUAUAUCAGUCGUUGUGGACAGUGAGUCUGAUUUAGUGUUUUGCACCUGUUUGGGGGGAGAUGCUUUCCUUCUGUUUUUAAAAAGGCAGUGAAGUGCUGGAGCCAGACAUCUCACUCAGCUGUGGGAAGAAAGUAUCACAUUUCACAGGGUGUGACAUGGCUUUAGAAUUGAACGUGAGUUGUGUUUAUGCUUGUAUCGUUGUGAAAGUGUGUGGAUUUGUGGAGAGUAUUUAGUGUAAUGAGGUCUGCCAUGACAGGCCCCUCAGCACGAGGCUCUCAGGACUUUCAUGUGAGAGGUGGAUUUCAAACUGAUUUUUAACAAAAUGUCUUUUGUUGUUGUAAGUUUUCUGUCAGAAUUAAACCUUUGCAAACAUCCAAUAAGUCAUUACAUGCUGGCUGCCUGUGUAUCGCUGUGAUGCUUCUGGGUUUAAUGGUAGACAACAAGAGCACAGAGGCGAGAGCUCACGCUACUUUUGUAAAAUAAUUUGUGCAUAUUUUACAUAGUUCUAUUUCAUUCCAUUGUAUUUUGAUUAAAAUAAACUUGG